GUAUAAUUGCGAGUACAUCGUAUAUGCGGUUGUAUACAAAUUUCGAGAACAUUACUGGUGCCAUAGUGUCAGUCAUUCUGACUCUCAUUAAAAAUGGAUUCGAUACUAAACGAGGCUAUAUGUUUGGAUUUAGCUUUGGGGGACAACUUGCGUCUGCUGUAGGCCGCUCCUUAGGACCACAACAUAUGAUCCAAAGCAUAGAUACGUGUGACAUGGCUGGGCCCGGAUUCGAUCCGAUUGCAGUAGAUCACUCGAAAGCUGGCAAACAUGUGCAAUGCUUUCAUUCAAGCCGUGAUAAAGGAACGUUUGUAUACUCUUGCCACAGAAAUAUAAUGCUGGGCAGCUUUGGACUCGCCCAGCCAUCAGUAUCCAGUCAACUUCAUCUUGGCAGCCACGGGCUCUGCGUUGACAUCUAUAUUAAUGCUUUUGAUUACCCAUUUUACGCCCUCAACUCGACGCCAUCGAAGUGCAUAGACCUGCAAAAGGUAGCGAAAAUACCAGCUGAUUAUACGGUCGGGUAUGAAGAGAACUUUGACAACCGAGUUACUGGGAAAAUUUUCGUCCCCACUAGUCUACAUUAUCCUUACAACUUAUCAAAAAAAGAGCUCAAGCUGUUAGCUGGAAAAAAGUAGCUUAGCACAUCAUACUUCUGCUCGUUCCUAUUUCUGUAAGCGU